AUGGCUGUAGAUGAAAAGAAUAACACACAAACAAUAAGGUUUGGCAGCAAAACUGUUGAAAUUGGCGGAUCACCUCCUGAGCAAGUUGAACUUGUGAAAAGUGAUGUGGUGGCGAUAAAGGAAAGGAUACCGAUGGCAGGUGACGACGAUUAUUCAUACAGGAAGUGGUUUGUGCUAGUUGCUGGUUUUUAUGGCAACAUGUGUAACGCAUUUGUGUUCAAUAUGGCUGUUUUAAACACAUCUUUCCUCGUGGAGUUCGGCAAAAGUAAAGCGGAAACAGCUCUUGUACAGUCAACUACGGCAGGAAUGUUCUUAACCGCAGGAGUAAUCGUGGGAUCGUUUGUAUCUAGAUAUGGUGCGAGGAAAGUAGGCAUGGCCGGAGGAAUGCUUGCUUGUCUUGGUACCAUCGCCUCGUUCUUUGCGUCAUCUGUUCCAUUCCUUGUUGUCACUUUGGGCAUUUUCACAGGCACUGGACUGUCCGCUUGUUACAUUGCUGCUCAUACAAGUGUUGGGGAAUACUUCGAUGGAAAAUCGAGACUCUUGGCUUUGUCGCUAGUAUCGUUUGGUGCCGGAUGUGGGAAUAUUCUAUACCCUUAUUUCCUCGAUGUUCUGACAAGAGAAUUCGGGUUUAGAGGAUGUUUGUUAAUACUCGGAGGGCUAAUGAUGAAUAUUAUUCCAUGUUUCGCAGUAUGUAAACCCCAAAUUGUCUCUGCUUUGAAGUCGACAUUUACUGACAUCGACAAGAAAACUAUUAGCAGUAAAUACCACUGCACUCAAACAAAUUGCAAAUGGUUUACACUUAAAAGACACAAACUCGAAAAAAAAUCCGAAUCAACGUUAAAAAGAUACCAUUCAGUAAAAAGAAGAUUUCAGACACUUAUUCAAAACAAGAAUUUUGUUUUGUUUACACUGGCUAUCGUUACUGCUAUACCCUCUUGCGAUUCCAUAAUUAUUUUUCUCAUCAACUUUCUCCAAAUGAAAGGCUUUGAUCACUCAAAGGCGAUAUCGAUUUAUUUUUGUCAGAAUCUCUCGAAUGCCAUGUCUCGUUUUUUACCCGGCAUCUUGGAUUUAAUACCACAUUUGAGUGUUUUGUUAAUUCCGUCUUUUUUGACAAGUAUCGCGGCCAUAUCCUGUGGUCUCCUACCAACCGCUACCUCUUACGUACAGCACAUUGUACUACUGGGAUGUUUAGGCAUGGCACGAGGGGCAAUCUCGACCUGUAUGCCCGUAACAACAAUGAAGUUGGUUGGAAAAGAUCUGUAUUCCACUGGCCUUGGGGUCUGUUUAACAGUCGUGGGUAUUAGCUGGAUGUUGUCUGGACCUAUCACAGGACAUCUAAGGGACGUAUCCGGUUCAUAUGAUCUGGUAUUAUACUGUGCGUCAGGCAGUCUUUGUAUGGCCACCUGCUUGUGUGUGGUGGCGGCUAUAUUUAGAAAGUAUGACAGAAAAAGGACUCCGAAAGACAUUAAUCUAAGGAAUCAAAUGAAUUCCAAAACAGUUAAUGUCGAUAUGUUUGUUACUGAGAGUGAUUAA